AUGGACCAAUUUUCCAAUUUGAUGAGUCGACACCACCAAAUGAUCAUCAAUAACCCAAUCAUCUCAGGAUUCAGUCCGGAUCCUACUAUCUGUCAAGUUGACGGAGUGUACUAUUUAGCAAACUCGUCGUUCCAAUUUUUUCCCGGGAUCCCUAUCUACGCGUCAACCGAUUUGGCCAAUUGGACCCAUAUUGGUAAUGGGUUAAAUCGACACAGUCAAGUAGAUUUAUCUAAGGUUACCACGAUCAUCCAAACCUAUAGUGAUGUUCAUGAUGAUGCAAAACCGUUUAUUUACAACUGGGGUAUUGCCGCACCAACUAUCAGAUACCACCAAGGGAGGUUCUAUAUUAUUUGCACUUGUGUCAACCCAAGACCUAAUGAUAAAGAGUAUAUCAAUUUUGUGAUUUCCACUGACAAUAUCUAUCAAGAAUCAAGUUGGUCAGACCCAGUGUUUUUCGAAUUUCAAGGUAUUGAUCCAGAUCUUUUCUUUGAAGAUGGUAAAGCUUACGUCACUGGAUCGUACACUUAUCACCCGAGAAUCGAGGGACAGGCAAGGACUACUAUUAAACAAUUUGAAUUGGAUAUUGAUACUGGGGAAAAACUUUCACAAGAGCGGGAGAUUUGGAAAGGGUGGUCAGGAUGUCGGGUGGUUCCUGAAGGACCCCAUAUUUACAAGAAGAAUGGGUGGUAUUAUUGUUUAGUUUCUGAUGGAGGAACUUUCACUCAUCAUAUGUUAACCAUUGCCAGGAGUAAAACCAUUGAUGGUCCGUAUGAGGAAUCGCCAAAUAAUCCAAUAUUCACUGCCGAUCCUAGCGGGGAGUUUACGGCGCCAGUAUUGAAUGAGUCUGGCGAGCCAGAUUACAUUCAGUAUACUGGGCAUGGUGAUUUUUUCCAAGUACAGGACGAUGGCAGUUGGUGGUGUGUGUUUUUAGCAGUGAGAUUUGAGAAUGGGAAGCACCCAAUGGGGAGAGAAUCAUUUAUUGUUCGGAUUGAUUGGUCUGGGGAAUGGCCGAAGUUUGAUAACAAAGUUUCAUUGAAGUUGGAAGGUCCAAAAUUUGACAAUACCCCUGGCAAACUUGAAGUUAUGAAGCAAGAUAACAAGUUGGAAUAUUUGUUUAUUAAGAAUCCUUGUUUACUGAAUUAUCGAAUUGGAAAAGGGAGAAUCGAGAUCCAACCUUCGAAGGCGGAUUUAGUGGAUGAAGCGGUUGGGAUUUCGUUUAUUGGCGUUAGACAGCGCCAAUUACUGGAAAUUGCCAAAGUGACGAUGCAAAUAAGCAAUGAUGGGCGGGUGAAGUCGGGGAUUUGUUUAUUCAAAGAUUUGUACCGGGUAUUCGAAGUGGGAUAUCGCAGUGAUACGAGGAAAGUGUAUUUUCAAUCCCGGGGGCUUCCUAACAAUAUUCGUUACGGUGAAGCAGAUUAUGGAGAUGCUGGUGGUGGGGGUAGGUUAUCAUUGCGAAUAGUUGCUGAUCGUGAUACUUAUCGAUUUGAGUAUUUUGAUCAUCAUCAUCGGUGGGUUGAGUUGGGGAGGAUCGAUGCUGGGGACGUUACGGCGUGGGAUUUCACUGGGACGUUGUUUGGGUUGUAUGCGAUUGGGGAAGGGGCUGCCCGGGAGUUUUUGGGGUUUGAGGUGAGAUGA